AUGGCCUGCACGUUAACAGUGCCGUUUUGGCCCACCUCGUACGACAAUCUACACUGGUCCAAAGACAAUCAAAUCGCCGUCCUGGGCGGCGAGCACAUUCUCAUCCUGACACCGCGUCUCCAUGAACCCAACCCGAGUCACCUCUGGUGGGACACGGAGAACUUGAUCAGGAUUAAUGCCUUCACUGAACCGGAGCUUCUGCGAUCCGCCGUCUUGACAGAUCGCAAUACCUCGAUUGGCGAGGAGAGUUCCAUCUUUCAUGCCCACGCCGCAGCGUGGUCGAGUCCCGGUCUGGCGCGACAUGGAGGAAGCGCGCUUGCGGUGUUGACGACGAAUCAUGUCUUGAGUCUGUGGGCGCCGGAGCCUCUCGCCAAGGGAGUCGCGGUUUGGCAGCGGACUCUGGUCAUCAAUCAUGCCAUUCGCCAGUUCUAUCAUGAGAAACACGGUAUGCAGAGCGAUGGCGAUGGGCGCGAAUCCGAAGAGGCCCUCCAAAUACAGCAACGAGUCCGCUCCUUUGCAUGGACGCAGCCUGUCCACAGCGACCUGGAACGCCCACAUCCUGACCUCUUCUCCGGCCUGCAUCACCUGGUAGUGGCGACUGAGGGUGGCCAUAUUCUCGUCUUGCGAAUCACUUCGCCAUAUUGCGAUCCAACUAACAAGCACUCCACCUGGCAGGCCAUCAUCAGUGAAUCGCUAUACAUCACCGGCCUUACUCAGUCUCUUUAUCUGGAAGAUACCAAUGGCUUGCGACACCCGCAAUCGACGAUAGCAAUGCCCAGACCCUCUGGGGUCGACUAUGUUGGGCCAGAACACAUUGCCGUUGGUGAAUGGCACUCGGGCAGAAGCGAUCAUAAGCGUGCUGCAGCCGUGGUAUUUAUCCUCGAGGGUAGACUGUAUAUCACCAGUCUUCUACACGACGCAGACGGAAAUACCUCUUUUACCUCUGGUCUGAAGCCUUCCGUGUCCUGGCAUCUUCGCGAUCGCGUAGACCUCAGAGGCCCGCUCAAAGUUACUCCUGGUAUCGAUGCAGGAGCUCUGGUGGUGUUUGGGACCAAUGCUGUUUUCCAUGGGCAGCUCAUGUUUAAUGACAUCAAGACGUCCUUGAGCGUGGACUUCAACGAUCACCAUCUGGAUGACAGAUGGGACGAUGUGACUGGCGUCACAAUCACCAAUAGUGCAGAUGGCAAUGCGCUGCUGCAUGUUGUCUCUCAUUUGUCAAGUUCUACAGCGCCGACACAUGCCUUGCAACUGCCUCUUGCUCCAGGCAGAGAUGCACCUGGUCAGCCAGCAUGGCAAUUCGCUCUCAAUGAUUCAAAAGAAGCCUAUGCAGCAACGAAUGACCUUGGUAAUCAUGUACAGGAGAGGACAUGGGGCAUCGCGUGUGCUCCUGUGAAUGGUUAUACUGCGGUCUGCGCAAGCAUGCAUCCGAACGAUGUGAUUGCCUACAUCAUCAACGCAGACCAGGCGUCUAUCCUCAACAUCACCCUCGAGUCGGAAGCACGCGCAGAUGACUUCCGGUUAGCACCCGCCGAGGUCGACAGCUUCAGUGGUUUGCCAUCAAGCACUAUCCUGUUCUUUCUCAAGCGCUAUCUCGAACAAAAAGUAGACCGCGAGACUGCACCUCAAGACGAGCAUGAUACAUUGGUGAGACACGUGCAGAAUAUGUUAUCACCAGGACAUGGUGUCGGCUUCAAGAGUCUCGUACGAGCCAGCGACAGCAAUGCCAUAUUGCUCUACAAGACCAGGAUCAGCCUCUUCGCUAAUGCAGCGGUUCGCCGCGUUCAAGCAACCAGAAUAUGCAAUCUCGCCGGCAGUGACCAUGCACUCCAACCCGAAGGCAUGACGACCAUGAUUCGGCACGUUGCUGAAGUUGUCUUCAGUAUAUCACGCGAUGACGUUGAGUUCGAUGAUAUGAGCAUGAAUAUACGACGAGUAUAUGAGAUCGCAGUAUCAAAACUGGACGCGAACUAUCGUCCGGGCGACCGCGAAGCAUCAGCCACAGCGUGGAGAGAGCAAUGCAAGAUAUGCCACCAGUCAAUCAUAUUUGAGAGCUUCAAGUGGGCGAGGUGUCAGCAGGGGCAUCAAUUUUCCAGAUGCGCACUUUCUUUGCUGGCCAAUCAAGAGCCUGCCACCACCAAAGAAUGUUCUGUAUGUGGUUUGCACUAUCUGGAUGAAACGGUUGUGGACGGUUUUCGGACGGUUCCUCAGGAUUUGCACAUGGUUGGGCUAAAUGGGGAAGUCAACAGCCAAGAAGAGAACGCGGUAUCGAAGAUGACAAUGGCAGAGUUACUCUUCAAGGCAUGUCAUGUGUGCCUUUAUUGUGGCGGCAAGUUUGGAGACUAGAUCGACCUGAAGAAGUGGAGUAGUCACUGGGCUCACUUAUUAUUGUGAGACGAAAGCACCGAACCUCUGCCGCACAAGCCACACUGGUACACAUUGGUCGCAGAAUGGGGCUUGCUCACGAGUGACGGU